UCCUAUAAUGUCUGUGUCUGUGUUAUACGCCGAUAAAUCCGGCACCCCUAUGGUUCGCCGGUGGAAGCAUGGACUGAUCACUCGAGUCUCCCGGGACGGGAGAGCCAAAACAAAAAAGCUUUGGGAGGGGCAGUACAUCCUCUCCCGCUGCUUGUAAAAGCAAUCCAGCGGCUAAUUGGCCACUAGGAUUGAUUUUUACAAGACAAAACUGGGAUGGUAUAACCGCUCAAAAUCCAGCAAUGUGUACUGGUCUAUCGCUGGGGCGCUGGACACAAGAGCUAACACUCAGUCUGUCUUUUCAGAUGGAGAAGUGUUCGGAGAAGAGGACUUGCGGCUCGUUGUCGGGGACGGUGACGGUCACCUUCCAUGAUGUGGCUGCUUGCUUCCAGGAAGAGGACUGGGAGCUCAUGGAGCAAUGGCAGCAGGAUCUGUACCGGGAUGCCAUGAAGGAGAUUCACUCUGCAUUGCAUAAUCUAGGGUACCGGAUCCUCAACCCGGAUCUCCUGGUGAAGAUCGAGAAAUCCAGAGAACGUUUCCGGAACCGCAGCCAAUCAAGUGGCACACUUGUCCCGGACAUCCUGCUGAAGAUUGGCCAAAGUGAAUCCAACAUGCCUCAGAAGAAAGGGUCACCAAGAUGUCCUCGAGAGCCCGCACGGGGCAGCCGAGCUCGGAAACCCGAGCAUCCCGUGAGAGUAAAACAAGAGGAUGAAUUGUAUGACUCGGAGCCGGAAUCCGAUGACAGAGCCGGUUCUCCGAUUUCACAUGAGCUGGUUGUGGUGGUGAAAGAAGAGAAGGUGGAGGAUGAGCAGCAGGCGCCGGAAACAUCACUUGAGGACAAUGAGGAAGCAUUCCAGUCCGGGCCGCAAUCUCAGGAUGAAGAAAAAGUGACAGAUGACAUCACCAACUCGGAAAAUGACCACAGCCCGGAAAUCCCACCCAUUGGAGAAGAUGGCAUGUUGCUGUUUCCUAAUGCGGGCAUCACCCUUAACCGGGCACUGAGCCAGGAAUACGCUAUGGAGAACUCUCUGGAGCUAGAGAAGUACCUGAACAGCUUCACUCACCCCAUGCUCCGCAUGAAGGACUACCAAAGGCCAAACCGGAGCGAGUAUGACCGAGGCUUGUACGACAACUAUAGCGUGCACAGCAAGCAGCGGCUUAUGCUGAUGGGCGAGAAGCGAUACCGCUGCAGCGAGUGCGGGAAAGGUUUCACCAGAAACUCCCACCUGAAGGCCCACAGGAGAACUCACACGGGAGAGCGCCCCUACAAAUGCCCAGAGUGCCACAAAACCUUCAGUGAGAACUCGCACCUCACUGUCCACCUGAGGGUCCACUCGGGUGAGAAGCGCUACAAAUGCGACACCUGCGACAAGAGCUUCAGCGAGAACUCCAACCUCAUUGUCCACCAGCGAAUUCACACGGGGGAGAAGCCUUACAAGUGCCCCGAGUGUGACCUCUGCUUUAGCCAGCACUCCAGCUUGGUGCGCCACCGCCGCAAGCACUCGGGCGCCCGCCCGUUCACGUGCGCGCAGUGCGAGAAGACCUUCAGCCAGAAGGGGCACCUGAGCAAUCACGUCCGCACCCACACCGGGGAGCGGCCGUACAAGUGCAUUGAGUGCGGCAAGUCCUUUAGCGAGCACUCCCACCUCACAGGUCACCAGAAGAUCCACAGCGGGGAAAAACCAUACGUCUGUGACGUCUGCCAGAAGGGAUUCAGCAAGAUCUCCAACCUGAAGGCCCACCAACAGAUCCACACGGGCUACCGACCGUACGCCUGCGGCCAGUGCGGCAGGAGCUUCACCCAACAUUCCUCCCUUAUACGACACCAGAGGGUCCACCUGGACAAAAUGGACUCUUUGUGGAGGAAGAUUUAUCAGGGAGCAAACAAAGGCACGUCCUGGACAGAGGAGCGUGUACGCGGGCGUGCCGAAUCUCCCACCAGUCAGGAUGCCGAGGAAGAAUUGUCCAGUGAUUUGGUGGAACACAGCUGACGAGGUGUACAGUUGGCUGACUUUGCGGGAGG